CUCGCACCGCGCUCUGCCUUGGUCGAGCCGUCGGAUCUUGAUGCGCUGGCCGCGCUCGUGCAGAGCGCCGAGCGCCUGCUGCUUCUCACCGGCGCCGGCCUGUCCACCACCUCCGGCAUUCCCGACUACCGCUCGCCCAACGGUUCGUACUCCAAGGGCCACGUCCCCAUUCAGCACAGGGAGUUUGUCUCUGAUCAGAGCAAGCGGCGCCGCUACUGGGCGCGGUCCUACGUCGGAUACGGCUACUUUUCGCGGGCUCGGCCAAACGCGGCUCACUUUGCCGUCUCCGCGCUGCAGGAGAGGGGGCUGCUGCGGGGAGGCAUCAUCACACAGAACGUCGACGGCCUGCACAGCGCGGCGGGCGCGAGCGGCGUGUUGGACCUGCACGGCCGCAUCGACGAGGUGGAGUGCCUCAACUGCGGCGCUCUCACGCCGCGGGCCGCGCUGCAGGAGCGGCUCGCCGGGCUCAACGCCGGCUGGCUCGAGCGCGCGGGCGUGGCGGCGGUGGCGCAGGCGGCGAUGCGCGCGGACGGCGACGCCGCCCUGAGCGACGAGGCGUGCGCCAGCUUUGUGGUUCCAGAGUGCGGCGCGUGCGGCGGAGGCCCUCUCAAGCCGACCGUCACCUUCUUCGGCGGCACGGUUCCUCCUGCGAUCGUGGAGGCGAGCAAGGCCGCUGCCGCCGCUGCCGACGCCGUGCUCGUCGCCGGCAGCAGCGUCGCCACCUUCUCCGCCUUCCGGCUCGUCAAGAGGGUCGCCGAGGACAGGAAGCCGGUCGCGGUGCUCAACAUCGGGCCGAGUCGUGCUGAUCCGCUCGCCUCGCUCGCCGUCAGCGCCGACGUCGCGACGGUGCUG